UUUGCGUCCAUCGGGACAAAGAGCGAUUCUCAGUCAAGGGCGGGCGCCUCGCGGCAGGGGUGGCCGGCCCAGCGCUGGACGGUGUCCACCAGGGCUUUCUGACCGGGUCAGCAGCUUGGAGAUCAGCAGAGAGAGAGAGAGAGGGAGAGGGAGAGACGGGCGAGAGGAAAACAACAGAGCCUUUCUCCCUCCCCGCCCGCCGCGGGAGGACGGAGCACUCGUGCCUCUCUGCGUGGGCAACCACAAAAUUCGGGCGAACAGCGGAGCAUUUUAGUCAGGAGAAUGAAGAGCUGUUUUGCCCCGAGUAUUUUCAAAUGUCAACAGGAUGCUCGGUGAAAUGAGCACAAUAGAAGGACGAGAAGAAAGAAGCUUCCGAUGUUACGAAGAUGGGUUUCUGUGACGCAUACACAUAGGUGUCCAAGGAGUCAGUUCUCAGAAAAUCGUCCGCCGCUCCAUGUGGGCGCGUUUCCCCAGCAGCUGGACUACAUUUCCCAGAACGCCCUGCGCCGCGGGUCACCUCGCGCCUCAAGCGUCUCGGGGCGCAGAUGUUCGCGUCCACCGCCUGGGGGCGGGGCGACGUGGGACAUCGGGAGCGUCUGAUUACGCACUUCCUGCCAGGUCGGGGCCCGAAUCAGCGUGUGGCGGGUUCGAGUCCCGCCUCUUGACUCUCGGAGUCCGGGGCGGGGCUCAUUUGCGGAGAGUCACCUCGCCUCCGCCAGCGGCAGCGGCGCAGCUUCGGCUUCACCAUGGAGGAAUACCUGCAGGGUUGUCGAGCCGCUCUGCAGGAAUCUCGAUCGCUACAUAUUGUACUGGGCAAUGAAGCCUGUGACCUGGACUCCAUGGUGUCCGCUCUAGCACUGGCUUUUUACCUAUCAAAGACUACUGAAGCUGAGGAGGUCUUCGUGCCGGUUUUAAAUAUAAAGCGUUCUGAGCUGCCUCUACGAGGUGACAACAUCUUCAUGCUUCAGAAGGUGAACAUUCCGCAGUCCAUUUUGAUUUUCCGGGAUGACAUUGACCUCCAGGCACUGCAGCAGGCUGGCCAACUCAUCCUCACCCUUGUUGACCACCAUGUCCUACCCAAAAAUGAUGCCAACCUAGAAGAGGCAGUGAUAGAGGUGCUAGACCACCGGCCCAUAGAACACAAACACUGCCCUCCCUGCCAUGUGUCUGUGGAGCUUGUGGGGUCCUGCGCUACCCUGGUGACGGAGAGAAUCCUGCAGGGGGCACCAGAGAUCCUGGACUGGCAAACUGCAUUCCUUCUGCAUGGAACCAUCAUCCUGGACUGUGUCAACAUGGACCUUAAAGUUGGAAAAGCAACCCUGAAGGACAGCAGAUAUGUGGAAAAACUGGAGCUUGUCUUUCCAGGCUUACCUAACAGAAAUGACAUCUUUAAUGCCCUGCAGAAGGCCAAGUUCGAUGUGUCAGGACUGACCACCGAGCAGAUGCUGAGGAAGGACCAGAAGACCAUCUAUAAAGAAAGCAUCAAGGUGGCCAUUAGUGUAAUAUAUAUGGAUUUGGAGGUUUUUCUGAGGAGGCCCAACCUCACAGAGGAUCUCGGUGCUUUCUGCCAGGCUCACGGUUACGAUGUCCUGGUUGCCAUGACCAUCUUUUUCAACCCAGACCACGAGCCAGUACGCCAGUUAGCUGUUUUCUGCCCUCAUAUGGCGCUCCGAAUGAUGAUCUGUGGAGUCCUGGAACGCUCUCACUCUCCACCCCUGAAGUUAACCUCUAUCCCAAGCACCCAUUCUAACCUCCAAGCCUAUCUUCAAGGCAACACCCAGGUCUCGAGGAAGAAAUUUCUGCCUCUGCUACAGGAAACCCUGUCAGCAUAUUUGGACUCCAUGAAGAUCCCUGCAGGGCAGUCUGAAGUCAUGGAUGUGCCCAGGCAGCAGGUGCACAAGGAAAUGAACAGGGAAAGCAAGUCCCUGAACCUUGGAGUGAGCCAAGAUGAGGAGGACCCACCUUUGCCCCCAACGCCCAUGAACAGCUUGGUGGAUGAUUGCCCCCUGGACCAGGGGCUGCCGAAGCUCUCAGCCGAGGCCAUCUUUGAGAAAUGCAAUCAGAUCUCACAGUUCCAGGCGACGACUUCCUCCCUCGCAAAGAAGUGACCCUUGGGAUAGGAGGGACGAGUGGGAGGGGGGCUCGAACCCACAACAAAUGCAUGCUUUGAGAUGUCUGGAGGUUUCAGCAGUAGUGUCUUCAUUGCUCCAGGCUCUGGUGCUCUUCUCAUCCCGCUGGAGGAGGAGGACGAUGUGCGAGAAAGCAGCCGCUUUAGCAACAGCUCUCCCAUCUUCCCGCCAUCUCUGCCAACAGACCGGUGUUAUUGUUUCAUUUUACUCUUUGCAUCCGCACUGACAUUUCUCCUCAUUCAUUUGCCAGGGCGCCGGUGCCAACACAACAGGACAAACAGGAUGUGUUCCUUAAAUGUGCUUGUGGAACCCUGCGAUCAUUGGUUAUCGCCAUUGUAUUCAUUUGUUCAUGUCCUUGGAAAAGUAUUUCUUGAUUGCCUGCAUGGAGCAGGGUAGAACGUAAGACUGGGCCUGAGCCACUCCUGCUCCAGUUCUGAGCCGUUAGCAGAGUUCCCGUGCCAUGACUCGUCUUUCUGUCCUCAGUUAGGUAAUGGGGUUUGGUUCGGAAAUGGCAAACUUCCAGUCGAGAGCUGAUGGUGACUAUUUCAGUUCUUGUUCGGUAGCAGACUGGAGGCUGUUAAUUUACAUCUGGAAAAAAAAAAAUUUACAUCCGGAUCAGGUGGCCUGACUCUCAGGUAUUUGGGUCACUCUGUCUCAGAGCUGCAGGCACCCUAGAGAAACCCCGGAGACCCCUGGUUCUUGAGAGUCCAGCAGGCACCCAGGAAGGCCGGUCCACUUUACAGGCACCUUCCCGUAAGACAGCAGCACUGGAAUGAAAGCCUUGGCUCUGUCCCUGCCUUAGCAGGCCUCGCGCUUCCUUGCCCACCUCUUUCUCUUCUUGCGCGUAUGAAAGCAUGAAGUAGCUGGAUUCUAAUACAGGUUGCCGUGAACUGUGCAUCUUUAGGCAAGACAUUUCACUUCUCUGGACCUCAGUUUGCCCGUCUAUAAAAUUAAGAGUUGGAUUAGAUGUUCUCUGGUGUUCUGUGAUCUGCCUUUUACUAUCAUCCUUUCUUCUGUCUUCCCUGGGACUGGUCGGGGUCACUGAAGUGUCUGUAAUUAUGCGUGAUUGUACCAAGAGACCUGGCCUCAUGUAGCAUGUAUAGGGUUAUGCCUCAUACCGUAGUGACCCCGCGCUCCCUCUCACUGACUUGUGCAUGUGGAAAGGCUCCCUUUCCUGUGGAUUACAUCAUUCUCCCUCUUCUUACCCCACAGCUCUAUUCAUGCAGGUGGCCAAUUACUUCCCUGAACAUCGGUGUAUGUGACGGUUUUGACAUGACAUCUUCUGUGAGGGGGACAGUCUGAGUUCACUUUGAGGGGAUAAUGUUUGUAGCCAUUUAGAAAGUAAAAUAGUGUAAUUGCUGAACCAAAGGAAUUUAUGUUUUGUAACUUGGGUACUUUAUUUUGCAUUUUGUUAAAGUAUUAAAUAUUCUUUUGCUGUU